CAAAUCCCGAAUGAAACCAAGUGCUUCAGUUUUAUUUGAGCGAAGACUUGAAGUCCAGUCCAAGCAAUCUGAAUACGAAUAUCGUCUCUCUCUCUCUCUCUUCUCUGUCUCUCUCUGGACAAUUUCCUCCCCCAUUGGCAAAAAGGUGCUGUUCUUGUACUAAUGAUUCUACAGAUCCACCAAAUCUGGAGUUAUUAAGUUAGAAUUUAAAUGGUUGGAUGCUUCUAGGUAUUGAAUAGAAAUGAAGAAAUGGUAUGGUGGUGUAUUAACUACAUCCUUGUUGAUGUUCAUACUUCUUGGGUAUUAUGUAAUGAGAAACCCCUUCAAGGAAAAAUACUUCACCAACACUCUAUAUUUUAAUACGACAAAUCCUCUAGAGUGGAUCAGUGCUAUGGCUCCACCUGCUGCUAACAGUCCAAAAAAUACUUCUCAAGUGAUCUCUGCUGAUGCAUUAGUCGCUGAUCUUUUUUAUCAGAGAAAUCUUUCAACUGCAGAGCAACAAUCUUUGCUUACAUGGAACCAAUUGAAAAACUUAAUUAGUCAGGAUCAAGUCUUACCUAAUGCUUUGGAGGCUGUUAAGGAAGCUGGUGCUGCAUGGAAUAACCUUAUGAGCUCAGUGGAAAUGGAAAAACUUUAUGCAAAUGACAGUUCAUAUAAGAGAGGAAAGGAGAAACAGUGUCCUCAUUUUCUACGCAAAACAAAUGUCACAGAACUUGCUGGUAAGGAAUUUAAGUUACGGUUUCCUUGUGGCCUCACUCAGGGUUCUUCAAUCACAUUUAUUGGCAUUCCAAAGGGUCUUCUUGGUAAUUUUCGAAUAGAUUUAACCGGUGAACCACUUCCGGGUGAACCAGAUCCUCCUAUAAUUUUGCAUUACAAUGUUAGGCUGCACGGCGAUAAAGUAACUGAGGAUCCUGUAAUUGUUCAAAAUACCUGGACCGUAGCACAUGAUUGGGGUGAAGAGGAGCGCUGUCCAUCUCCUGCUCCUGAAAAAAAUAAUAAAGUGGAUGACUUGGAUCAAUGCAAUGAGAUGGUCGGUAAAAUCAUGUCUGACAAGCAUAUCAAUGUAUCUACAACAUCUUCAAUGGUUCAGGAUGGAUCUAAACAUAAAAAAUAUUUUCCUUUCAAGCAAGGGCAGCUCUCUGUUGCAACACUGAGAGUGGGCUCUGAAGGAAUACAAAUGACAGUUGAUGGUAGACACAUAACGUCAUUUGCUUUUCGUGAAACUCUGGAGCCGUGGCUUGUUAGUGAAGAGAGGAUUUCAGGAGAUAUUGAUUUAAUAUCUGUUGUUGCAAGUGGGUUACCCACGUCUGAAGAUAUUGAUCAUAUGAUUGACUUAGAAUCUCUAAAGGCAGCUCCACUUUCUCCAAAAAAACAUCUGGAUCUCUUUAUUGGUGUGUUUUCUACUACAAAUAAUUUUAAACGGAGAAUGGCAGUUCGAAGAACGUGGAUGCAGUAUGAUGCAGUGCGGUCUGGACAAGUAGCAGUUCGUUUUUUUGUUGGAAUGCAUAAAAACCAGAUGGUGAAUGAGGAACUCUGGAAUGAGGCUAGGACAUAUGGAGACAUUCAGUUGGUGCCAUUUGUUGACUACUACAGUCUAAUCACAUGGAAGACCAUUGCCAUAUGCAUGUUUGGGACGGAGAUUGUUCAAGCAAAAUUUGUCAUGAAGACAGAUGAUGAUGCUUUUGUUCGUGUUGAUGAAGUGCUGGCUUCCUUACAAAGGAUUGGUGUGACUCGUGGGUUGCUUUAUGGCCUUAUCAACUCAGACUCCCAUCCUCAUCGGAAUUCUGAUAGCAAGUGGUACAUUAGUGUUGAGGAAUGGCCUGAUGAUGCUUACCCUCCUUGGGCACACGGACCUGGUUAUGUUGUGUCAAGCGAUAUAGCAAAAGCCAUCAGCAAGAGGCACAAAAAAGGCGAUCUGAAGAUGUUUAAGCUGGAAGAUGUUGCUAUGGGCAUCUGGAUUGCAGAACUGAAGAAGAAAGGUCUGGAUGUUAGAUAUGAAAAUGAAGAGAGGAUUUUUAAUGAAGGGUGCAAGGAUGGUUAUAUUGUUGCCCACUACCAAGAUCCUAGAGAGAUGUUGUGCUUAUGGCAGAAGCUACAAGAGAAAAAAAGACCUUUAUGCUGUGGCGAUUAACCCAUAACAUUCAAGGUUUCAACAGAGAUCUACUGAACAUAGGUAUAAAGGAAAACAAAACAAGAGCAUCAACUAUGAAAUGGGUAGAAUCCUGGGUGGAAACAAGUUUAGCAGGUCCUCGAGAACUUCUUCAAAUAUUCCAUGCUGUUGUAGAAUUAUGAGCGUUUCGGUAUAGGGAAUAUUUGUUAGGUUAAGGAGGGAUGGGAGUAGUUCAUAUGUUAUGGGAGCUGAUGAGGUGAGGCUUUACACGUAUAGAGGAAUUUGAGUAGAGAAGGGCAGAGUCUGCCUGACUUGUGUAGAUGGCCAGGGGCUGGGCUAUACAGCAGAAGAUCAGUUAUCCUAUGUCUAUAACUCAUAGCAUAGAGUUCCAAUUUUGAGUUAGGUUCGCAUAUAUUAAAAGCUUCGUAUUCUUUUGUCCUUAAAUGGUGCUAACGAUGUUCAUUAAGAAGCAUUAAACUAGUUCUAAUUUCAGCA